CUGUAGCAAAUAUAUCAGCGGGAAGAACGUCCUAUCAUGGCGGGCUAGAUAAGAUGCUAGCUCUUAGAUUUUGCAUGAUUAUUUCAUAGAAUGACAUAAUACACAUACAAGCACUCCAAAUGGAGGUGGAUACUGGCACUGUAGUCACAUGUGCACCGGAACUGUAUGACAUCGCAUCCACAUUAGUUAACGUCGAAGAAGUCACAAAUAACAAAGCAUUCAAUGACUUUAAACUAUCAAAGCCAGUUCCAGAAAUAGUUCACCCAGUUGCCGAAACAGUGGUUACCGACUCAGACGUCAAGGCUGCCCAAAAUCGUGAUAUUACCACUGCUGAACCUUCAGUUCCCCAUGUGGUUGUAAAUAGCAACGUUGGGAAGUAUCGUCUCUUACGCACUAUAGGUAAAGGGAAUUUCGCAAAAGUCAAGCUUGCUAUUCACAUGGCCACUGGUGUAGAAGUUGCUAUAAAAAUAAUUAAUAAGACCGUUAUGGAUAAUACUCUACUCAAACGCCUUAAACGUGAGAUAACCAUCAUGAAAGUUACAAAUCAUCCAAACAUUGUCAAACUGCUCGAAAUAAUUGAAAAUGAAGAUGUUCUUUGUCUUGUUAUGGAAUAUGCCAGUGGAGGUGAAAUAUUUGAUUACCUUGUCGCGAAUGGGAAGAUGUGUGAGAAGAAAGCACGAGUAAAGUUCAGGCAACUGCUAUCUGCCAUGCAGUAUUGUCAUGCCAAACGGAUUGUCCAUCGAGACCUGAAGGCAGAAAAUAUCUUAUUGGACCAAAACUUAAACGUUAAGGUUGCUGAUUUUGGCUUGGCUAAUCUCUUCGAAUGUGAUCAAAGGUUAACUACUUUUUGCGGUAGUCCUCCAUAUGCUGCUCCAGAACUCUUUUUGGGUAUUCCAUAUUAUGGACCCAGUGUAGAUAUUUGGUCCCUUGGUGUGAUCCUGUUUACUUUGGUUCUGGGACACCUCCCGUUCGAUGCACGUGAUCUUCGUGAACUUCGGAGCAAAAUUUUGGGACUGCAUUACACUAUACCUCGUGGUGCCGUUUCUCCAGAAUGUGACGCACUGUUAAGGAAAAUGUUAGUUCUUGACCCUAAAGAUCGUUCAUCUUUGAAGUCUUUGAUGCUUGACAAGUGGAUAAAUAUGGGCUACUCUCCAGACGAUCAUCUUCGUCCGUAUAGAGAACCACCAAAAUGUCAACUGGAUGAUAGUCGUGUGAAGGCCAUGGAAGAGAUGGGGUUUACAAGAGCUGAUCUUGAGUCGUCGGUAGUUAAUCCUGUAUUUGAUCAUGUGUAUGCAACUUAUCACUUGUUGCCUGAAACCCCCUCCCCAUUUGUUGAGCUUUGUAAAGACUUGGUUCCUGGAGCGGCUGCUUCUCCGCAUACCAUCGCAUUACCUAAUUCUCUGCUUACUGACAAUCAGGAGACUAAAUCGACUCGCAACUAUUCCUCUGGUCCAUCGGAAUUGCCUGUCUCUACGAAGCCCACUUCUAUUGGACGUUUCACAGUGGCUCCAAGUAAUAAAGUAAAUGAACCUACUGGUCAUUCUUCAUCUGGGCGUUACACUAGGGGUAGUCUGACGGCUGAAUCAAGCCAAGCUUCAGCACAUCUGAAAAACGUGUAUGGUUUUGAAUCUGGGAAUCGAGAACACCAUUCUCUUACAUCCGCAUUACCAGGUACUUUGAAACGAGCAAUAAUGCAAGUUAGUAGAAAUCUUACUGGUGGAGGAACUCCUACACCUGGUAAUGAAGAAAGUAAUCGUGCUACAGCACAAACAGUUUCAGGGCGUCAUAAUAAAUCUGUGCCAAAAUCUUCUGGAGGUGGAAGGGAUGUUAUCACUACAGCCCCCGUUCCAAUUGGAGCUGUCAAAAAACACGGUUUUGGUUUAUCUCAACAGCAACAGCUACAAAAACGUCAGCUGUCAAACCAACAGGGUGUAUCUCAUUCUGAAAAUUCUUGUGUAAGAUCUAAAAGUCCAGCUGUUCGUAAUCAUUCUUCUUCAUCUAAUGCUUCUACUACAUCCGAAAGUCAAGGAGCAAGUCAUGCACCUGGAACACCAAAAGCCAACAAGGAGUCUUCAGUUGUAACGAAAGCAGGUUCAGACGCAACACAUCGUUGCUAUACAAAUAGCACUGGUCGUGAUAAUGAUAAAAACUCCUUACAGAAACGAAAUAUGUUGGAUCCUAGCGGAGCCACAUUUACUGAUUCAAGCUCUACUUCAUCCGAAUCGUGUGCCGAAAAGAAACUUCGAGAGACAGCUACGACAAUUGUUCAAGGCGUUGGCAAAUCAGUUAAUACUCCCUCUUUGAAUCAUCAGCACUCUACAUCUCAGUCAGUCUUAGAAACAAAACAGGAAUUUCAUGAGGAUGAUAAUCAUUCUUGUCAAGUAGUCCCGGGGAAUAAUAAUGAACAUAUUCAUUCUGAAGAAACUAAUAUUCGCAACGAAAAGGCAGAACUCAGUCGUAGUUUAACAACUAUUGAUCAGACAUGCCAAAUGACCAAUAAUUCGGAUAAAACUACAAACAUUCCAUCUCUUAAUCCGCAGAUCAAAGUACUACAUACAGUUCAAGGCACAGAAGCUCUCGCCUUACGUCUCGAGGCUCUGCGUUUACAAUCUGUGCACUCAUCGACUAAACCAUCUUCAAAUCCUGGAGUGGCUUCAAAUAUCAUCGUGGAUUCUAGUCAUCAAAGUUCAUGGGGCCGUGGUGUUCUAAAGGCAUUAGGCGGAUUCUUUGUACAAAGUAAGUCCUCAGAUGAACGUUCGGAUAGUAGUCAGUCAUCCACCCGACUGCUGAAUAAACCACGUGAGGUGAAAUUUCCUUGGAGUGUGUAUACUACAAGCACCAAGUCACCAGAAGAACUCCUUCAAUCCAUUAUACAAGCUCUUGAGGUCACUCCUGGUUGUCGUUAUUCACAUGACCCUCACCUUCCUUUUCUGUUGCAAUGUUCUUGGGCAGCUGAUCGACCUGCUAUCAAAACUUCUAAUUCGGAAGCUACUAGUAAAGGUCAAGCUAGUUCAUCCCUCUCUACACCCCUUGAGGUUCCAAGUCACGGUGGGUUUUUACGUGGAGAUCCGGUACAUUGGGAAAUGGAAGUUUGUCAGUUACCACGGGUUCAUUUGCGCGGUGUCCGACUGAAACGAAUACGUGGAUCAACUUUACAUUUCCGCCCAAUCGCUGAUCUUGUUAUGAAAUCAUUGCGUUUGUGAUACCCUAUUGCCCAAUGCUGCAAUAAAUAUACAUAUAGCUCAUAUUGAAACCAUCACCUAUAAUACCUCAAUGGUGUAAUGUGAACAAGAAAUGGAUGAUACCUUCAAAUCUUAUUAAAACAAGUCCAUCGACUUUAUAUAUUACAUUUAUUUUAUUCUUUUUGUUUUUUAUUUUGCUAAUGUUAAACUUGGUGUGUAGUUUUAAUGACUGAUUCCUUACACUUAUUGUUUAAAAAAUAUUCAGAACGAACCUUCAUUUCGGAUUCAAUCACAGUCCCAUGUACAGUUUUGCCUACCGGUUCAUUAAAAAUUAAGACUCCAGUUCUUCAUUCGUGUUUUUGGUUUGUUUGAUUAAUUUACUAUUAAUUAUUUUCUGUUAUCUAUUCAAUUUGUCAGUGAUUUUCUUUUGUCGAUUUUUCUGUUUCUCUCUCUCCCUUUGAUAUUUUUACUAGAUUGACUCAUUCUUUUGCAAUCCUGUAUAAUUACAGGCCGUUCGGUAUAUAUAUAUAUAUAUACUCUCAAAUUUAUCUGCUAUCAGUAAUUAUAUAUUUUUAUUUUCAAUUGAUAUACACUUCGUUUUCGCUCACAGUACAGUGCUCUGCCUUUUUAUUGUGUUCUUAUUUAUUUUCAUAUGUAAAUGUUUAGACGGCUAACUUUCAUCUUGUUCCAUUUACAGACUUACAAAUGAUAAUUUAAUUUAAUAAAUGAUCUUUAGCACAUAAAAUCUCGUACAUAUAAUACUGAUAUCCUUAAUAAUAUUCCAUUUCAUUCAAUAUUUUAUACGUUAAUUUAUCCGUCUACUAUUAUUAAUUAUUGUUUGAAUUUCACAUCCAUAAAUAUUACUGUAUUUAUCUUGUGG